AUGAUCUUACGUGAUCAUCGCGGGGCUAUCAACUUCUCGUCAUGCAGGGUGUUGUUUUCGUGCAGAGACUCCCUUGAGGCGGAGUUGUGCGCGUGUAUGGAAGGCUUGUCCCUUGCCUUGCAGCGAAGCGAGUUGCCGAUCGUGGUGGAGAUGGACUCUCUCGAAGCGAUCUCUCUCAUAUCAAGCUUGGAUGCGGAUCGCUCAGUUUACUCUUCUAUUGUUAGAGAGAUUAAGCACUUAAUGGGUUUAAGGAAGACUUGUAUUUCUCAUAUAGUUAGAUCUCAAAAUAAAGCUAGUGAUUGCUUAGCUAAGUUUGCUAGAACCCAAGGCAGGACCUUGACUUGGUUAGGAGCUGGUCCAGAUGAAGUAGUGGAAAUAGCAUUUUAUGAUUGUAAAGACGUUGUCAUUGAGUAA